AUGAAACCUCUCGAUCGCAUUAUACGUCACCUCCAUGCCAAAGAGAAACCACAACAACAGUUUCCCUCGCCAUCGUUCGCUCCUCCGUCCGGAAAUUACAAUCCAGCACCACCCCAAAAUACCUCCGUGCACAACACACCGCCAGCUCCGAUUCCACCGUCAGAGCCUCUGAGCGUGUUUGCUCAUUUCUUGGUUGGGAAUGCCGGGGCCAUGUCCCAAACCCAGUGGGAGCGCGACAUCAUCGAGGCUCAGAAAUCUCAUAUUGACGGAUUUGCUUUGAAUGUAGCCCCGCAGGAUGGAUACACGGACCGUGUUCUGCAAACCGCUUACGACGCUGCUGAGAAGAUCGGUAACUUCUCAUUGUUCAUUGCAUUUGACUAUGGAUCCGGCGGGCCGUGGCCACCAGACAGGGUGAUCACCAUAAUCAACACCUACAAGAAUCGACGAGCGCAGUAUCUUUACAACGGAAAGCCUUUGGUUUCGACCUUCGAGGGCGUUGCAAAUGCAGCUGAUUGGCCGAAUAUUAAGAACGCCACCGGUUGUAUGUUUAUGCCAUGCUGGACCAGCCUUGCACCCUCGGGCCUGCACACUGUCCAGGACAAGAUUGAUGGCGCUUUCAGUUGGGAUGCCUGGCCAGUGGGUGCAGAAGACAAGAACAUGUCGAGCGACAAGGCAUGGAUAGACGCGUUGCACGGCAAACCAUAUAUGAUGGCCGUUGCUCCUUGGUUCUAUACGAACCUACCUCAGUGGAACAAGAAUUGGCUUUGGCGUGGCGAUGAUCUAUGGCACUAUCGCUGGAGACAGGUGAUGGAGUUGCAGCCAUCUCUCGUUCAGAUCCUCAGCUGGAAUGACUAUGGAGAGACCCAUUAUAUUGGGCCAAUCUACGAGCCAGGGAUCCCCGAUGGCGCCGCUCCUUAUGUAAAUCCUUGUCCUCAUGAUGCAUGGCGCACCCUCCUCCCGCAUUAUAUUGAUGCGUAUCGCCGGCAAAACGCAAUGAACCGAGAAAGAAUCUCAGAUCCGAGCGCGGUGACUUCGUACCGCCCCAAGCUUCCGAUCUCGUACACCGACAAGAUAGUGUACUGGUAUAGAUUGAAUCCUAGCCACUCCGGAAGCGCGAAUGGAACAACAGGCAAUAACCCCAAGAUGGGUCAGCCGGAGUUGAAGCCAGGAGAGGUGUCGCAGGAUCGAGUUUUUGUCAGCGUGUUAGUGACCCAGCCGAGCGACGUGUAUGUACAAAUUGGACAAGCGACACCAACCGUUCUUCUGGCCGGUGAACCGGGUGUAAACCACUACUCUGUGCCUUUUCAUGGACAGACGGGACCGGUGAGAAUGAUGAUCGCCCGACAAGGUCGGGAGAUUGUAGCGACGAUGGGGCCUGCCAUAACGGAACAGUGUACAGAUGGGAACAAAAUUGCCAUUGAUUCUUCGUCUCCCCUGGCUUAUCGCCCCUAUGGCCAGCUCCCGGAGCCCCUCCACUAUCACCAACACCAGCCUCCUGUCCCUACCACGCCGUCUGUACCACGCUCCAAGGUGGUACUAGAGUCCAUUAACCCCGAUGAUUAUGCGCAGCCAUACUGCGACUUUAUGACCAACCAUCCCACCAUUUUUCACGCCGUUGACGGCUUCUCCAAGGAACUCGAGAGCAAAGGCUACAAGUACCUAUCCGAGCGGGAAGCCUGGACGUCGAAGCUCGAACGGGGAGGCAAAUACUACACUACACGUAAUGGGAGUGCCAUCAUCGCUUUCUCCGUUGGCAAGGACUAUCAGAGCGGCAACGGUGUCGCGGUUGUGGCCGGCCACAUCGACGCCCUCACCGCCAAACUGAAGCCCGUCUCCAAGCUUCCCUCGAAAGUGGGAUAUGCGCAGCUCGGUGUUGCUCCGUAUGCCGGUGCCCUGGGCAAGACAUGGUGGGACCGUGACCUUUCCAUUGGGGGUAAGGUCCUAGUCCGAAACGCCAGCACUGGCAAGGUCGAGGCCAAGCUGGUUAAGCUCGACUGGCCGAUCGCGCGCAUCCCGUCGCUGGCAGAGCAUUUCGGGGCGCCCGCCCAAGGCCCGUUCAACAAGGAGACGCAGAUGGUGCCCAUCAUUGGGGUUGACAACUCCGAUCUCUUCCAGAGCCAGCAAACAUCAACAACCACAGCUGACAAUGGCAUCGAACCCGGCACUUUCGCCGCCACGCAGCCCGCUAAACUCAUCCACGUCAUCUCCAAGGAACUGGGCAUCACAGACUACAGCAGCAUUCUCAACUGGGAGCUAGAGCUAUAUGACAGCCAGCCGGCUUGCCUGGGCGGUCUCGACAAGGAUCUGAUCUUUGCCGGCCGCAUCGACGACAAGCUGUGCUGCUACGCCGCGCACCAGGCCCUGCUCGCCUCCCCCGACAGCACCUCCUCCUCCUCCGUCAAAAUGGUCGGCAUGUUUGACGACGAGGAAAUCGGCAGUCUCCUCCGCCAGGGGGCCCGCUCCAACUUCAUGAGCAGCGUUAUCGAACGCAUCACCCAAUCCUUUGUUCCCGUCACCUCCUCUUACGGCCCCGAUCUCCUCGCCCAAACCGUCGCAAACAGCUUCUUCGUCUCUUCCGACGUCAUCCACGCUGUCAACCCCAACUUCGCCAACGUCUACCUGGAAAACCACAUGCCCCGCCUCAACGUCGGCGUCACAGUCUCGGCAGACUCCAACGGCCACAUGACCACCGACAGCGUGAGCCACGGCUUCAUCAAGCGUGUCGCCGAGCGUUGCGGCGCUACCCUGCAGGUCUUCCAGAUCCGAAACGACUCGCGCAGUGGCGGCACCAUCGGACCCAUGACGAGCUCGCGGAUCGGCAUGAGAGCCGUUGAUGUGGGGAUUCCACAACUAAGCAUGCAUAGUAUUCGGGCAACGACAGGACGACUCGACCCUGGUUUGGGUGUGAAACUCUUCAAGGGAUUCUUUGAUUACUUUGAGGAUGUGGAUAAGGAGUUUGUUGAUUUUUAA